UCUCUCUCUGCUUCUAGUGACACUUUUCUCUUGCUAGGCUGUCUUACAAGACCCAACAGAGUAUUACUUGGAGAUUGAGUUAAAAUGAGAAGACCCUUGAUUUUCUCGUUUGUUGUGGCCCUUGCUGGAAUUAGAAUAACAUCCAGCACUUCAAGUCCCGAGGGCGAUGUCUUUACAGAGUUUGCUAUGAAUCUGCACCGGGCCAUUCAAUUAGUUGACACAGGAGAGAACAUUCUUUUUUCCCCACUUGGUGUUUCUUUGAUUCUUGGAAUGAUAAGGUUGGGAGCAAAUGGAACAACAUUGCAUCAAAUAAAGCAAGCUUUAAAACUGCAGGGAAAUCAAGAAAGUGAAGAGUUUCCUGGGCUCCAAAAGCUUUCUGCUGUCAUCUCAGAAGAAAAUAAAGAAUUUACAUUUAAUCUUGCCAAUGCCCUCUACCUUCAAGAAGGAUUUCGCGUGAAGGAAAAGUAUCUCCAUAGCAACAAGAAUUUUUUUAAGAGUGCAAUAAAGCUGGUGAAUUUUCAAGAUUCAAAGGCAUCUGCCGAAACUAUAAGUGGAUGGGUAGAUAUGCAAACAAAUGGAAAAAUCCGAAAUCUGUUUUCAAGUGAAGAUAUUGGUCCUCUUACGAAAAUUGUUUUGGUCAAUGCAAUUUACUUCAAAGGAGAAUGGAAACACAAAUUUGUCCCAGACGCAACUCGUUUAGAAGAGUUUAAAGUGAAGAGAGGAGUUACGGCAAAGAUACCAGUGAUGCGCCUUCGAUUGAAGACGAAGCUGGGAUAUUUUUCAGCAAAUAAUUUAAACUACCAGGUUUUGGAACUACCAUACAAAGGAGAUGCGCUUAGUUUAUUUCUAGCUCUUCCUUCGCAAAAUGUGGAAAUUGGAGACUUGGAAAAAUUAAUGACUACAUCUGUUAUGAAAGACUGGUUUACUGCCCUUAACACGGAGGAGGUAGAAGUUGCUUUGCCAAGGUUUAAAAUAGAACAUAAAGUUGAUUUAAAAGGAUCGCUCCUUAAAAUGAAUGUAACAGACCUGUUCAAUCAAAACUGUGAUCUCUCAGGAAUAACAGAUGCACCCAACAUUUACAUUUCCAAGGUGGUUCAGAAGGUUACCAUUGAAAUUAAUGAAGAGGGGAGUGAAGCUGCUGCCUCAACAGGAAUGCAGGCCGCUGCGAUGAGUAUGACCAAUCAUAGCUUUGUUGCUGAUCACCCUUUCUUGUUUUUCAUUAAACACAACCAGUCAGGAUCCAUUCUAUUUAUGGGGAAAGUGACAAAUCCUGAUGUGGGAGAUGCGAGAGGACGUGAUGUGGAAUCAUUAUAAACGAAAUGAAAGGAAUACACACUGAUAAGGGUCUGCCCUGAUGAAUAAGUCCAUAUAUCGCCAAUUCCAGCAUACAGUAUAAUUUGGAAGAUGUACAUAGAAAUAUACAUAUUUCACAUCUGUUUACGUAAGAACUUGCCCUGCAAUUAACAGCUUUAUCUAAUUUAAUAAAGUGAGUUGUCUCUAA